AGGGGCCACCGCGGGUGGGCGACGCUGGGGCCGGUGAGGAAGACAAGCAGUGCUGGGCUGGCCAGGCGCUGGCGGGGGAAGAGAACAGCUGCAGCGUUAAUCCCAGGUCUACCUCCGCGGCUGAGUGGGCAAGGGGCACAGCGGGGCGCCGAGUGCCCGACUGCGGGAUGCUGAACCCCAACAAGCAAGCCCGCGCCUCCAGCCUGGAGGAGCCCAAGUGGGCAGCAGCGCCAAACCAGGCUUCAGAUUAUGAAGUCCGGCAGUAUGAGCCAGCUAAAUGGGUUGCCACACCUAUUAAAUCCAUGGAUUAUGAUUCAGCUAUCAGCACUGGUUUCAUGAAGCUCUUUAACUAUAUUCAGGGCAAGAAUGAGAAAGGGAUGAAGAUUGAGAUGACAGCUCCAGUAACAUGCCAUGUGGCUCCUGGUGCAGGCCCAUUCUGCGAAUCCACUAUUACAGUCUCUUUUUAUUUACCAUCUGAUCAUCAGGCUGAUCCACCUAAACCAACAGAGUCAGAUAUUUUCAUUGAAAACAGACCAGAAAUGACUGUAUUUGUCAGGUCCUUUGGAGGAUUUUCCAAUGCCACAAAGAACCAAGAAGAACUAUUGACACUAGCUGAAAGUUUGAAACGGGAUGGGAAAGUAUUUGAUGAAAAGGUCUAUUAUACUGCUGGCUAUGACAGCCCUUUUAAAUUGCUUAAUAGACACAAUGAGGUGUGGCUUAUCAAGAGAAAUGGAAACCCCAGCAAUCAAGAAUAGGAAACAAAAUGCUUUCUUUAGAGACAAAAAUUCAGUUUAUUCAGACACUUUUUUUUGCCUAGGAAUUGAAAGUAAGUUUUAAAAUAUCUAGACAUAUAAUUAUCAGAUUUCAAAUGUGCCUCUUCUAGAACGAGACUACAAUUUUCCCCAUUCUGUUAUGAGAGUGGUCACACUUUCAGUUAGGGUAGAAAACCAUGAAGGUUUUCCUGUUUCUCAUUGUUCACACCAUGUUCCCUAUUUCUCUUCCCUGGAAAUCCAUCAAUCACAGCAAUUCAGCACACAUGUAGAAAGGCUACUACUGCGUAACACAAGGAAUUUUUCUUAGGUAUUCCACACUAUCUCUUGGAGAACCUAUCCCUCACCACAGUACUAUGCUCCACAAUUAGCUUUUAUUUUUUUUAAAAAAGUUUGUAACUGCAGUGGUUGUGAAGAAGACAAGAACUUAGUGCCUUUGUCUGCAACCAGCAGAAAAACAAUAACCGAGAGGUUUAAACAGUCUCCUAAUCGCAGAAGUUUCAUGCUCUCACAGUUUUAAAAAAGGAAUCACUGUUCAAGAAGUUAAUGUCACUUAAAGUAAACUAACAGACAUUUGUUUAACACCAUGCUUGUGCAGGGUCUUUUCCAAGCAAAGUAGAAGUCUAAGUUCUACCUGGAGGAAUUUACAAUCUGUAUUACACCUACUAUGAAGAGACCAUGAAAUAAAAGGGGAUAAGGCAGGAGACAAAACAAUGGCAAGAAAUUACUGCAAGUGCAUUAUUCUUCUGCAGAACAGGCAGAAAAGCCUACUUUGUUUUAUUUCUUGUUUGCUAUAAGUAUUUUUAAAUUUUCAGUUUAAAUGUGUGUUUCCUGGCCUUUUUAACGUUGCUAAAUUUGUUUUUGCCACAGACACAGUAAUAUCAAGCUUUUAUUAAAAAUUAUACUUUUAAAACCUG